GUGGCUUGGCGGGACCGUUAGCUCAGCUGUGCUGCUGUGGAGCCGGAAAGGCGGUCGCAAAAUCCCCGGCAGAAUUGAGCUGUGGCGGCUUGAUCCAGUGGCAUAACUUCCGCUGUCGAGGCAUACUGCUGCAUCUACCAGAUUUGAACUCGACAACCGCAAAAGUCAACCAUUUGACCUGGCCUUUCGGCCCUUUUCUCGCCGCCCCGGACCUGGGUGUAUUCAACACCAAAUCGAUAAGAUGGACGAUUUGGAGUCUCUCGAGCUGCUUUCCCUUGUGUCGAAAGUCACAUCGGAAUUGCAGAACCACAUCGGCAUCAGCGAGAAGACGCUUGCCGAGUUCGUCAUCGCCCAACGGCUCGAAUGCGCUAGCUUUGCGGAUUUUAAGGCCAAGCUGGCCGCCGUCGGGGCCGACUUCCCCCCAAGCUUGGUAGAAAGUAUCGAUCGCCUUGUCCAGACUAUGCAUCCAAAGUUCAAACGGAAACAGAACGGCGGGGACCACAAGGAGGAUGACGAGAAGCCCGGUCGAUCAGUCGAGGAAAAGACCAGCGUGUUCAAGGGACUUGCGAUCCCUGACAAGGAGGCAACUGCCAUCGACGAUACCCUGGCAUUACUGGAGAGUCUGGAACCCAAGGGACCCGGCAAGGAACCGUCAACCCGAAAGCGCAGCCGAACCCCGGACGACUACCGAGACGAUUCGAGGCGCAAGCGUAAAGAGAGAUAUCGAUCCAGAUCCAGAUCAAGAUCAAGAUCCCCUCCGCGGGGACGACGGAAGAGCGGUCGCUACGAGGACGACGACGAUUUCCGCCGACCACCGGCCCAGGAACUGGACGACACGCCCCAGCUUUACAAAGUCUACGACGGCCAUGUCACCGGUGUCAAGGAUUUUGGCGCGUUUGUGAAUCUGCAUGGCGUGAGGGGUAAGAUAGAUGGAUUGGUCCAUGUGUCGGCAUUCGGGCAACGAGUCGAUCAUCCGUCCGAUGUGGUUUCUAAAGGCCAGGAAGUCAAGGUCAAAGUGAUCAAGAUUGAGGGCAACCGCAUAGGCCUCUCCAUGAAGGAUGUCGAUCAGGAGACAGGAAUGGACCUCGCCCCGCAGUUGAGGAUAGGAUCCGGUGCCAACAUGGAGGCUCUGGGUAGCGGGAGGAAGGGCGCGGGCGAACUGAACAAUGGCAACGACGGUUCCUUCCAGGCGUCUGCGGCUGCUAGAAAGCAGAAGAAGCGGCUGACCUCGCCAGAGAGGUGGGAGAUCCGUCAGAUGAUCGCCGCCGGGAUUGCAAAGGCCUCCGACUACCCGGAUCUUGAGGAAGAAUACAACGCAACGCUCCGGGGCGAGGCGCAGAUGGAGCUGGAAGAAGACAUUGAUAUCGAAAUCCGCGACGAAGAGCCCCCAUUCUUGGCGGGUCAGACCAAGCAAUCUCUCGAGCUCUCGCCUAUCCGAGUCGUGAAGGCGCCGGAUGGCUCAUUGAAUCGUGCUGCCAUGGCAGGAGCCAACUUAGCCAAGGAGAGGAAGGAAAUACGGCAACAAGAAGCAGAAUCUCAGCAGGAAAAUGUCAAGGUUGACUUGUCAUCCCAAUGGCAAGACCCUAUGGCCAAUCCAGAGACCCGCCAGUUUGCCAGCGACCUGAGAAAACGAGCCCAAGCAUCACAGGGGGCGCCAGAUGCUGUCCCUGAGUGGAAGAAGGCCGUUGCACCCAAAGACCAGUCUCUCGGCAAGCGGACCAACAUGACUAUAAAAGAGCAGCGGGAGUCCUUGCCAGUGUAUGCGUUCAGAGAGCAGCUUAUCCAGGCGGUUAAAGAGAACCAGAUUCUCAUUGUGGUCGGCGAGACCGGUUCAGGCAAGACCACGCAGCUCACACAAUAUCUGGCAGAGGCUGGCUUCACAAAUACUGGCAUUAUUGGGUGCACGCAGCCCCGUCGAGUAGCUGCCGUUUCCGUUGCCAAGCGUGUGUCUGAGGAGGUCGGGUGUCAACUCGGCCAGGAGGUUGGCUACACCAUUCGGUUCGAGGAUUGUACUAGUCCAGCAACUAAGAUAAAGUAUAUGACGGACGGAAUACCCCGAUCUCACGCGAUAUUCAGUCAUCAUGCUGGAUGAGGCCCACGAACGGACCAUCGCCACGGAUGUGCUGUUCGCGCUUCUGAAGAAGACCAUGAAAAAGCGGAGCGACCUGAAAGUUAUUGUGACAAGCGCUACCUUGGACGCCGACAAGUUUAGCGAGUACUUCAACCAGUGCCCCAUUUUUACGAUUCCAGGACGGACUUACCCUGUCGAGAUUCUCUAUUCUCGAGAACCUGAAUCGGAUUAUCUUGAUGCUGCUUUGACGACGGUGAUGCAGAUUCACCUGAGUGAACCGAUGGGCGACAUUCUUCUCUUCUUGACAGGCCAAGAAGAAAUCGACACAGCGUGCGAAAUCUUAUAUGAGCGAAUGAAGGCACUAGGGCCAAACGUGCCAGAGCUUAUCAUCCUGCCGGUUUAUUCUGCACUUCCCAGCGAGAUGCAGAGCAGAAUCUU